GAUAGUUACUUCUGUGCAGUGAAAUGAUCCGAGUCAGUGUUACGAUGUUGAAAGCCAAUGGAGAACUUCACAAAGGACAGGUUCUUUUUAAUAUCACCUAUAUUAAUGGACAGGUAUAUGUAAAUGAUUUUCCUAUGAAAAGCGGGGUUGCCCACAUAACAUGUCAAACAGCAAUAUUGGAGAAUGGCAACUUGGAUAACUUAGCAGAUCAGCAGCGCCUGGGAACCGUCAGUGUUCGCAUCAUGGUUCACGAGUGGCCUUUGGCAUCCAGUUCUGAUUUGCAGCUGAUUGUUGUUCAGGAGGAAGUGACAGAAAUUGAUGGAAACCAGGUAAAAUAAAUCCCUGCUGCAAUAUUCG